CCAGGCGUCCAGUGACGUGCGAAACCUUUGUCUGCCCUUGAUCCGUCGCUCGGUUGUCCUCGGUGAUGGUGUACAAGAAGGCAUAUUGCAUUCUACAUAGCAAGGUUGGAGACCACACGAGAGCUCGUCUUUCCCCUCACACAGGCUCCUUUGCUGUUCAGGGUUGUUGCCCGAAGGGCAAUGCGUGCAAUUACGCACACAGUUUUAACGAAAUUGAUAUGACAAGUAAGCGUCACACCAACGGGGAAACACUGUGUUGCACAAGGGUGUUCAAGGUCGAACAGGGCGUGUAUGCGGUGUGUGCGGCUGUGUGUCUCUCCUCUCAGAAUACAAAAUAAACAUUUGCCGCGAGUGGAAGUCAAUAGGGCGGUGCCCCCGUGGCGAAUUUUGUACUUAUGCUCAUUGCCGAAAGGACAUGCGCUUAGAAGAAUGGUGUGAGUACGUAUGGAAAGGUGAGCAAGGGAAGAGGCAGGGGAAGCAGAACAAAUUGGCACCUCUUGCCAUGUGUGCUGAUCUGUGCGCAGGUACGAGUUGCCAUCGGGGUGUGGACUGCCACAAAGCCCACUCAGAUAGUGAGCUCAAGCUGCGAAAGAAAUUGUACGCUAAGCCAAUGGCGGACGCACAUCACAUUCGCCUCAGCGGUACAGCCACCAUUCGCCUCAGCGGUACAGCCACAAUUCCCGUGUGUGCCUUGUGCGUGUUCAGGAAUGACGAGAUGGCCGAGAAGAUAGCCAGCUUUAACGGCUGAGAAGGUACCCUGCAGUCCGGUUACCGAGAGCUUAGUAAAUUACCAAAUUUUGCUGCCUGGCUGACUGACCGACUGGCUGGCUGGAUGGCUGAGUGACUGACUGAAGGUCUGUGUGUGGCUGGAUGUCGCAUGUAUGGGUGGAGGGUGGGGCGGAAGCGCAACGCGUCGACGCCAGCUCCUCCAUCCCAUCUUGUUUGUUUAAGAUGUCUGUCGGCGGUGUGAGGUGUGUAUGCAUCCAUGUCUUUCCAUAAGCUGCCUGCGUGAGUUGUACCCUCUGCUUGGGUCUGCUGGGUUUUGGGAAGCGUGUACGGUUUUGUUGGGCUGCGUGUGGUGCGUCUAGCGAUGCAUGGUGUACAUCUCCUCUCUCUCUCGCUUGGCUGAGAUGUAUGUACGCACUACGUGAGUGGGUUUCUUUUGACAUUCUCACGAUCCUUCUUGCGAACGAUCUCUCUUGCCUGUCUGACCGGUCAGGAGGUGACUGGUGUUGUAGUCACUAGACAAGCGGCUGUAGGUGCAUGUCUGACUGUAGCACAUCCAGGGCAUGAUCAGCAACGUGUGGAUCGUACACAUCCACACGUUGCUGCCUCGCCUGAGCCCGGCUGCCUCCUCGUCUGCCUGUCUGAGGUCUCUUGUCUGAGGUCUUUUGUGAGUUUGCCUGCCAAUGACGAUUUGGCCCGCAGUUUUUUUCUCUCCCCUUGUAUGUGAGUGGCUGCGAGUUGGUGGGGAAGGCCACAAGGGGUCGGGUUCUUACUUGAAAAUCUGUAAGCGGCGUUUUCCAGAGACAAGACAUGUGCCUCGUCUUUCUUGGGAUCCUUGUCAUAUAUGUAUGUCUACAUAAUUGUAAGACCUCUCUCCCUGUGCAGUCAGUGGUGUGUCGGAUGCAUUCACCCAUAUACACAGUUUUGACUGACUGGCGACUCUCUCGUGGCUGUAUGUAUGUAUGUAUGUGGGUCAAUGCCAACGAUAUCUCUCUCUCUUCCAGCGAUCUCCCUCCCGCCUGAUCAUUGCGUGUAUGGCUGUAGGUGCAUGCCUUCAUGUGCAUGUCUGUGAUAUUUAUCCAUCAUCAUGUGCCUGCCUGCCUGAUGCACACGAUGCACACGGUACACAUUCAUACGCUGCUGCCUCGUCUGCGACGUCACGAUUUUAUCCAUCGGCUGCGAGUCUGCCUGAGUGCAAUGUGUGUGUGGAUGCGACAUCACGCAACAGCGCACACCAUUAGUGUCAUGCAUCUACACACCUGUCUGUCUGGCUAGCCUAGAAGGGACACACGGGGGGCUAGCCUGGACACAUUCGUGUCGUUUUUAUCCAUCAUGUGUCACGAUUGUGUCCAUCGGCUGCCUUCCUGGCACUACACCAUGGCUGCUUCCCCUCCCUGCCUGUCGUGGAUGCGCUGCACGUCUUGUUCUCCAACGACAUGUGUGGUGUUUGUUCCUUCGUGACACGGGGGGAGCUAUCUUUUGUCCAUCGCUGUGCGUCGUUGUCGCCCUCUUGCAGACACGCAUGGUUACCGUCUGUCUGUCUGUCUGUCUUUCUGUCCAUCCGUUUCGCACGACAACACGGGAAGGGGUGCUUUUUGCGCGCACACGCAUCGGCACUCUCUCCAGGCUUCUCAAGUUCACACAAACAAAGCACCUAUCGACCCUUCGCCGUAUGUGUCUGUCGGUCUGUCUGUCCGUCUUUGCAUGUACGUGGGCAGGGGGUUGUUUUUCCACACGAACCGGGACGUGGGGUUCUAAAUCAAGUUCAC